AUGUCGUACAGUUGGGUGGGAGCUCCCACGGAGUUCAAUGGCACCAAUCCCGACACUGGCGGUGAUUCCGUCACCGAGAACCUUAACCAGUGGUAUCAGAGCGGCGACCAGGCCUAUAUUCUCGUCUCCGCUUGCAUGGUCCUCAUGAUGAUUCCCGGUAUCGCUUUCCUCUACUCGGGUCUCGCCCGUCGCAAGUCGGCUCUCUCGCAGCUCUGGGUCGCCAUGAUGACCUUCUCCGUUUGUGUUUUCCAAUGGUACUUCUGGGGUUACACCCUCGCCUUCAGCGAGACCGCCACCAACGGUUUCAUCGGUAACAUGCGCCACUUUGGACUCAAGAACACCCUCGGACAGCCCUCGCCCGGCUCGCCUCUGGUCCCCGCGCUUCUCUACUCUUUCUACCAAAUGAUGUUCCUCGCCGUCACCGCCGCCCUGACCGCCGGUGCCACUGCCGAGCGCGGUCGCGUCAUUCCCUGCAUGGUCUUCAUCUUCUUCUGGGCCACCCUCGUCUACUGCCCCCUAGCCUGCUGGGUCUGGAACGUCAACGGCUGGGCUUUCAACUACGGCGUUCUCGACUACGCCGGUGGUGGCCCCGUCGAGAUUGGCUCCGGCAUGUCCGCUCUCGCUUACUCCUGGGUCCUCGGCCGCCGCAACGAGAAGAUGAUGCUGAACUUCCGCCCUCACAACAUCUCGCUCAUCACCCUCGGCACCGUCUUCCUAUGGUUCGGCUGGCUCGGCUUCAACGGUGGUUCUGCCUUUGGCGCCAACCUCCGUGCCGUCAUGGCUUCGUGGAACUCGUGCCUGACUGCCAUGUUCGCCGCCAUGGCUUGGUGCCUGCUUGAUUACCGCCUUGCCAAGAAGUGGUCCCUCGUCGGCUGGUGCUCAGGCACCAUCUCCGGUCUUGUUGCCGCCACUCCCUGCUCCGGCUUUAUCCCUCCCUGGGCUUCCAUCAUCCUCGGUGUCGUUGCCGGUGUCGCAUGCAACUUCGGCACCAAGGUCAAGUUCAUCCUCAAGAUUGACGACUCGCUCGAUGUCUUCGCUGAGCACGGCAUCGGUGGCAUUGUCGGCCUCAUCUUCAACGCCUUCUUCGCUACCGAGUACAUCAUCGGCCUCGACGGUGUCAACAACGGCAUCCAGGGUGGCUGGAUUGACGGCAACUGGAAGCAGAUGUACAUCCAGAUUGCUUUCAUCGUCGCCGCCUCUGCCUACUCGUUCGUCGUCUCGGCCCUCAUCGCCAAGGCCAUUGACAUGGUCCCUGGUCUCAAGCUCCGCGCCUCUGAGGAGGCCGAGCUCCUCGGCAUGGAUGACGACCAGCAUGGCGAGUUCUCGUACGACUACGUCGAGGUCCGCCGUGACUUCCUUGCCUGGACCCCCCACCAGACCGAGCCCGCAGGCGAGGGUGUUCGCUUCGUGCCCCAGCACGGCAUCGAGGAGCACCAGGUCAUGGCCGACCGCAACUCGAACCCCAGCUCACCAGAACCCGAGGUCAAGGCUGCGCCUGCUGACUCGGAGGCUGAGACAAAGAGCGAGAAGACGGCUGCCGUCUAA